UGGUAGUGUGUCGCUGUGUCUCUACUAGAAGGAGAGCCAAGUCGGCUGCUUUUCUCUACUCCACAUCCUUUCCUCUACCGGCGUUUUCUGUCGCUUUAUAACCUAACCUCCAACGAGCAGCAAACACCCCUAACUCACGAACCAACACCUUUUUCUAACCCAUUUUCUGGCCAUGUGUUGGUCCUCAUAGGGAAAACUUUAUGACAGCCUGCUGUAUCUCGUUGGAGUCGUGGAUCCUUUUAUUACACGUAUUUUGAUUUUGAUUUAAAUCACCGUGAACUGCAUUAAUCCGCACUUCUGUGAGCUGGUGCGGUGCGCAGCGCUGGGGGAGCGCGGAGGGUUUGCGCCCCGUCUCUCUCCACCGAGCCCGGUCAUGAUGAGAACCGGGAGGAAGCUCGGCUCUCUGAUCUUGGCUCUCGUCUGGUUUCUGUCCACAGCUGUAGAGAACACGGCUCAGGAGGGAAACGUUCCAGACAGGGGCGAGCACCGGGGGGAUUCAGACACACCACAGCGUUAUGAGACCACCGUACCGCAAAUGCUGCAGAGAAACGAGCGCAGACCCCUCAGCCUGCUCAGACCCGGGGUUUACCCCGCAUCACUCCAGCUGGUGGUUCAUGCGGAAGGUGAAGAGCUGAUCCUGUUGCUGGAGAAAAAUGAGGGACUUUUUGCAAGCCACUACACCGAGACACAUUACAGGGAGGAUGGAAGUGCAGUCACCGGUGCUCACAACUUCACGAAUAACUGCUACUACCACGGGGAAGUGCAGGGGCAUCCGUACUCUGAUGUCACCCUCAGUGCCUGCCCGGACCUUCGAGGCUUCAUUGCACUUGAAAACAAGACAUUUAUCAUUGAGCCUGCAUCUGGCCAUGACGCCGGGGUCCACUUCAUCUACCGAGUGGAAGAGCUCAGACUGACAACCGGAGCUUGCGGCCAUGGCUUCAACAUGUCGUCUGUUGCCACGGAAAACCACAUCAAAAGCCCCUUCCAGUCCUUCCACACAAGGCAUAAAAGGCAUACUCAGAAGACGACCAAAUAUGUGGAGCUCAUCAUUGUUGCAGACAACAGAGAGUUUCAGAAACAGGGGAAGGACUUGGAGAAAGUGAAACAGAGACUCGCGGAAAUAGCCAAUUAUGUCGACAAGUUCUAUAGGGCCCUUAAUAUCAGGGUGGCUCUGGUGGGUCUGGAGGUGUGGAGUGACUCUGACAAAUGUCCCAUCACUCAAGAUCCCUUCACCACGCUGCACGAGUUCUUGGACUGGAGGAAAGUGAAACUUCUGCCGCAGAGGCCCCAUGACAACGCUCAGCUCAUCAGCGGUGUUUACUUUCAGGGCACCACUAUUGGCAUGGCGCCAAUUAUGAGCAUGUGCACCAUGGAGCAGUCUGGAGGCAUUGUCAUGGAUCACUCUGAGAACCCGCUGGGUGCAGCCGUGACCUUGGCGCAUGAGCUGGGACACAACUUCGGCAUGAACCACGACACGCCGGAGCGGGGCUGUGGCUGCAGGAUGACUGUCGAUCGUGGAGGCUGCAUCAUGACCCCCUCCACAGGGUAUCCGUUCCCUACAGUGUUUAGCACAUGCAGCAAGAAGGACCUUGCAGCCAGUCUGGAGAAAGGCGUGGGCAUGUGUUUGUACAACAUGCCGGAGGUCAAGGUGCUCUAUGGAGGGCAGAAGUGCGGCAAUGGCUAUGUGGAGGAGGGAGAAGAGUGCGACUGCGGGGAGCCAGAGGAAUGCAUGAACCCCUGCUGCAACGCCACCACAUGCACCCUCAAGGGAGAGGCCGUGUGCGCCCAUGGGCAGUGCUGCGAAGACUGCAAGCUCAAGCUGGCAGGCACUCUGUGCCGGGAGUCCAGCAACUCGUGCGACCUGCCCGAGUUCUGCACCGGAGCCAGUCCUCACUGCCCGUCCAAUGUUUACCUGCAUGACGGACACGCCUGCCACAACGUCGAGGGCUACUGCUACAACGGCAUCUGCCAGACUCACGAGCAACAGUGCAUCACUCUGUGGGGACAAGGAGCCAAGCCCGCCCCCGGGAUCUGCUUUGAGAGAGUCAACUCCGCAGGUGAUCCAUAUGGGAACUGUGGAAAAGACUCCAAAGGCUCCUUUGCCAAAUGCAUCGCAAGGGAUGCAAAGUGUGGGAAAAUUCAGUGCCAAGGUGGCGCCAAUCGGCCAGUGAUCGGAACAAAUGCAGUCUCCAUAGAAACCAACAUCCCACUGCAAGAAGGCGGGCGUAUUCUGUGUCGAGGGACGCACGUCUACCUGGGUGACGACAUGCCUGAUCCUGGGCUGGUUCUAGCUGGAACAAAGUGUGGAGCAAACAUGGUGUGCCUGAACCGGCAGUGCCAGAACGUCAGCGUCUUUGGCGUGCAUGAAUGCUCCGGGAAGUGCAAUGGACGUGGGGUGUGCAACAAUAAGAAGAACUGUCACUGUGAAGCGCAUUGGUCUCCUCCGUUCUGUGAGAAAUCGGGUUUCGGCGGGAGCAUCGACAGCGGGCCGAUGAGGCUAGCAGAUGUGCGUGUGUGUGUAUUAAUGUGCGUGUUGUCGUAUGUGGCAUCAGCCGACAGCGUGCUCGUAGCAGUGGUGAUCCUGGUCACGCUGGUCAGCCUCCUGGUGGCCGCCGUCAUCGUCUUUCUGAAGAGGAAAACCCUGCUGCGCCUCCUCUUCAGCAAUAAGAAGAGCACAUUGGAGAAACUCAGAUCUGUAGAGACCACCAGGCCAAUCAGCCCCAUCCGGACCGAGUCCAGGUACCGACCCACUCCUCUACGAAAGCCACCUCCCAAACCCUCUACGACUAAUGUUUAUAAGCCAUCUCUACUGAGCGCAGAGCCGCUUCUCCCUCCUCACAACUUCCACUCACACAGCCUUCGGAGGCUGCCCCUCUACCAGCCCCUGCACAUCAGCCACCCCAUGCCAGCGUCUCUGAGCGUGGGUCAGCCCAUUCUGCCUCCUCUGCCAGCCGAUCACCGACUCCUUCCAGCCCACAUGUCCCUCUCACCACCCCCAGUGCCUGCUUUCCUCAGUCUCCCACGCCAGCGGCCGCCAUACCAAAUGGAGCAGGACAUUGAGAAGCCCAGUCCACCACAGAAACCACUACCUGCAGAUCCAUUAGGAAGGAGUUGUCGGCUGGGUCAUGGCGCCACAGCAUCGGGGGUCCACAUCUCCGGGACUGGAGCCCUGCCAGUACCUAUCCCCAAAGUGCCCAGGCCUCCCCCUAGCAUCCCUUUACCCAGCAGACAGGUGCCGGUGUUGCCCUACAGACCACCAAAGACCCAGAAGGACUGCUGAGUUCUCCUUCCUGAACAGGAUGAGUGGAUCUCAAUGAAACAAAAAAACAGUUCUUGUUUUGCACUAAGUCCCGCGACUCUGACAGCGGAGUUUCUAAUGAAAAGGGGACACAUCACACCAUGGUGCUACCUUGUCCUCGCUCAGGUACCUACGAACUAUUUAUUAAAUUAUUGAACAUGUGCAGAGACCUGGACGGAUUUGACACGCGGACACUUUUGUUUAGAUAGCAUUUUAAACAUUUCUUUCACAUUGUUUUUUUGUUUUUGUUUUUUUUUUUUUGUUAUUUUUGUACUUUUUUUCUCUAACGAAGUCUAGGAUUUUCCAAUAACUGAUGUUGCUUGAAUACAAAAAAAGUAAAAAGGUUGGACUUGAAUGAAGACAAAGGGAGACGUGUAACUUUGUUUUUAUUUAUAGAUCUAAAAUGAUUUAUAAGAUAUUUUAGUAAAGUGGCUCUGAAUAACCCCUAAAAGUUGACUUCCUGGUUUGCAUCAGACUGGCGCUGACGCACCGAUCGGACCAUGUGCUCCACAUGUUCUCCUUGAUGCUGCGAAGCGUCAACAGAUCUGACAGAUUGUGUUCAGAUGCCAAAUGGUUCAAUAUUAACUUUGGUGUUUGUAUGUUUAUCAUCCAUUUGUCCUUGACUGUGGGAGCCAACGAGCCGGAUGACCUCAGCUCCAUCGGCUCCCGGACUAAAAUGUUCUUUUUUUAUUUUUUCCCAGCAUUCCUUUUAGAUUACUCAGUAUGCUUUUCCAUGCAGCCUUGUUGGUUUGAUUCAAAGCUUUGAGAAAAAUUUCUUGAUGCUAAACUGGAUCCAAAAUGGCAGAAUGUAAAACCCUGCGUUGUGUUUGUGUAAAACAAUGUCUCAGUGAUGCUUCUCCGAAUAAGAAAGUGUUCUGAUUUGUCCGUCUAACGGCUCUCCUUAGGAAACAACCUGUUAAAUCUGUGUGGAUUGUCUAUCAAAUGUCUGUAAAUCCUCUACAGUGACGUUUGUAGAACAUGCUUUAAGUGUAAAUAAUGUGUCAUUAUAUUUAUCCUUCUUUGAUUUUUUUCGUUGUUUUUUUAUUUUACAAGCCCAGAAAUGACAGAGCUGUUUUGAGGCUGACGGGAUUUGAAACAUGGAAGUCGGACUUGAAUUCAGAGCCAAAUAAAAGUUUCUUUAUGGUG